GAUCUUUGUUGCGGAGUGAAAUGGGCGGAGCCAAAUGUGAGCAUAAUCAAGAUGGCCACCUUCACUGAAAGGUAAGACAAAGCAGGUCCACUCUUUCAUCGUAAAUUAAUAUUUUUUUUGAAGCGUUAUCAGUGCGUGAGUGGGUCGAGAUUAUUGUUGUGGUGGCACACUUAAUAAACCGAGCAAUUAGACUUCUUGUUUUGGGAUUAAUCGACCACCAGACCAGGAAGAAUCAUACUGGAAAAGUCCAGAUCCACUCAAUUGAAUUAGCGGCUUGACAGUCUGCCUGUGAUCAGCGAGGUUAGCAAGGUCUCCUCAUCCACAGGGGGAAUUUACCAUGACACAUCUGUCAGACAACAGGACGUAACCCCGCCUGUCAAAACUGAAGCAUUAGGUUUAUAAAAGGAGUAAUUCAUGCCUGUUAUCUCACACUCUUUCACAUUUCCAGUGAAAUGCUACCCAAAUUUAGCCCGCCGCAUUAGCUGAGAAGUUAGCCGACUAAUGCUAUCUUUUGGCAUCGAUUCAAGCGGAUCACAUCACCCGGCGGUGACAUAACUUCAAAUAACGGAAAUAAGUAUUUACGUUCAGACUCAGUGCGUGGCAGAAGGUGAAGGUUUCACCCGUGUAAAUAACAUGGUUGUGUGUAGCUCAGUGUGUAGCUGCAGCAGGAUGAGGAAACGGGAAAUUGUGUCGCUGCUGCUUGUCUUUGGUUUGUCCUCUCACCGGUUUUCACCACCACAGACCGACCAAAGUCCGCUUUGUACAUGUUUAACUCCAGUUUGCUCUCUGUAUUUUCACCCAGGUCCUCCCUGUUACCUUUGAUAUACGACUAAAAUCAAAUAGCAGAAUACUAACAUUAGCUUUGAGCAUCUAAUCUCAUGUUGUUUCUUUUGUUUCUCUUUAGGAUGGCUCCUGUCUUGGUGCUCUGGCUGGCUGUUUGCCUCAGUGGGUCAUGGGCAGUGGAUAAAGGCAACUUUAAGACCUGUGACCAGAGUGCCUUCUGCAAGUGAGUAUAAAAAGGGACAUGGUACAAUGACUACGAGUCCUGUCUUUUAACCCAUCUCCACAAGUAAGAAUCCUGGGUGUCAUUUUUGACUCUGAGCUGACUUUUAGUCCACACAUUAAGAACAUAACAAAAAUAGGUUUUUAUCACCUAAAGAACAUCGCCAGAGUCUGCCCCGUUCUCUCUUGGGCCAACACAGAGACACUAAUGCAUGCUUUUAUCACUUAUCGUAUAGACUAUUGUAAUGCCCUGCUUUCUGGUCCUCCCAAAAAUGAUAUUUCAGGUCUACAGUAGGCAAGCCCAAAUUACACCGGUUUUAGAAUCAUUACGUUGGGUUCCUUUUACUUGUUUUUAAAUGUCUUAAUGGUCUUGGGCCUUCUUAUCGUUCAGGACUGCUUUUACACUUUAUAAAUAAAGUUUGAUUGAUUGAUUUACUCUAGGCUGGUUUUAUAAAGAAUAGCAAACCAUUUUCAAUGAAUCACUGAUGUCCACUUCACUUAAAACAGGCGCCAGCGAGCGUUGAAGCCCGGUGAGUCUCCAUAUCGAGCCCUGCUGGAGACUAUGGAGCUGACCAAUUCUAGGCUCACCCUGCAGCUCAUCAAUGACAACAACAAGGUAAAUCAGGCACAGAGAAACGGCUCAAAAAUGGGGAAAUUUACAGGGACUGAUGUCUUCACCUGUCUCCCCCUUUUCUCACGCCUCUUCUUCCAUCUCAGGUGCGUUUGCUGCUGGAGCUUUACCGUCUCCAGGGGAACAUGACAAGGGUGAAGAUAAAUGAGCUGAAGCCGCUGAAGCCUCGCUAUGAGGUCCCAGACGUGCUCAUCAGGGAGCCACCUACGGAGCCGUAAGUUUCCCAAGGGUACCAAUGACUGUGUGGUGCAACUGGUUGGGUGGGUGUAGGUUUUGAUACAGCAAAGCAGUCUUUACUUUUUCUAUGUGUAUUCUUUCCAAAAUGUCAGGGUUUGAUUCUUGAUCUCUUCUUCCCUUCCUCUCUACCUCAGGUUGUCCCUCCUGUCUCAGGACGAGAACGGCGUGGUGCUGUCCCUGGGGGCCGAGUCUCAGAGGGUCAUUGUCAGUGCCCGGCCCUUUAGAUUGGACAUCAUGGAAGGCCGAGAAGUGCUGAUGUCGCUGAACUCUCGCGGCCUGCUGGCCUUUGAGCACCUGAGGAUGCGCAAGGACACGUGAGAAACCACGCAUGCACACACACAUUUAAAAAAUGCCAGCCCUCUCUUUUUAAUUCACAUCCUCACUCAGUGGAUGAUUUCUGUUUUUGUUCCCAUGAAAUGGUUUGUUUUUUGAGUACUGUCUCUGACUCGUUGUUCUGUCCUCUUCUCCCUAUCAUCCUAGUUUCUCCUAUAAAGUAACUAGCACAGUGGCUAGCGUGUGGGAUAAUGUCAAGAGGGUAUUCUCUAGGUAAAGACUCUUAAGAUUCGUAAGUGUGUAUUCUGUCCCUUGUGCUAAUGCUGCCAGUAGUGACAAAGAUGUAGGGACUCCCAUCACACAGAGUACAAUAUUUACCCUCAAAUAAAUGUGAGUGUGAGAGAGGAGUGUGGGUGAGUUUGUGCAUGCUGGUGUUUAAUUGAAUCCAGAUUGGAGGGGUCAGUAAAGCCCUUUAUCAUCCUCAUUCUGUUGAAGGAUCAUUUAAACAAUAAGCCACAGCCUCUAGUGCAGUAUGUUGAUUUUUUUGUCUUAUUUCAUGAAACAAAGAAAAAUCAUCCUGAUCAAAAAAAAAAACUAAACCUGAAUGAUGUGGGUUCACCUGUCUCUACCGGUGAUUUAACUCUGCUCUGCUCUCUGGUCAGAUUGGUGUCCUUUUAACUUAAUCAAGCACUUAGAGUAUUUAGUCUGUCACUCCAGCAGAUCUAACGCUGUGCCUGCAUGACUAAACAUGUAUGUCAACCAGUUUAUAUGAACAGAGAUUAUUUCUUACCGCUAAAGUGGAAAAACAGAGCUGAUCACAGCAGCCGUGGAGCAGGUGUAGAUUGAAGACAAAAGCUCAACUUCUCUGUAGUAACACGUGUGUUUAGUCUGUGUCACACCACCGUUUGUUUUUCCUACCACUAGUUUCUUUUCUGCCGUUUGUUCUAAAGUGUAAAGCUGUGAUUUCAGUAUUGUAGACAAACGGCUCAUGUAAGUUACGGUUAGGUUCCACAUCUCUGUCUUUGUAGUUCUACUCUGGCACUAGCAUUAAUUGUAAUUAAUUCAAGCUAAAUUUUAAGUUGAGUGGAAUAGGAGUCUCAGCCUAUAGACUGAGUUAAUGACUUAGCCCAAUAAAACGCUGUGUGAGUCUCCGAACUGUGAACACUGUUUGAAAACUGAUGUUAAAAAAUAAACUUGACGUCUUUCCACACUGAAAAAAAACAGGUCCUGGGUAGUGCUACUGUAUUUGUUGAAGGACAGGCCUCAGAAGGAGAGGUUCCUCGUAUGAAGUCACCCGAGUCAUUGACGUUUAUGGUUGACACUAUUAAGUCAGAGAACAAGCAAAAACAACAUAUGCCCUUAACAAUCCUCUGUACGCUACUCUUCAUUACAGCUCAGAGCUAGUGGGUAGGGCUGGGCGAUAAAGCGAUAAGGAUGUACAUCGAAAAUUAAUUUCCCUCAAUAUCAACAUGAAACGUGGUCAACAUGCUUUUCAGUAGUCUGCAUUCUGCCAUGUUUUGAUGCACCAUACGAAUAGCCAAUGAAAAGGGAAGUGUCCACUUCAUACUGAACCAAUCAUCUGCUGAUUAGCACCUAGUAGCAAACAACUGUGUAGUAGCACGCUGCAGCUACAUGCAACCAAAGCACCUUAGCAGCGCAACGUCUUAAGACAAAACGUCGAAGAGACACAAAGACCUCACAGAUGCAGUAGCUGAUUGUAUUGUAAAAGACAUGCUACCAGUAAGCACAGCUAAAUUUCUUUUUUUACAUUGCGAUAUAUAUCAUAAUCGACUGAUAUGGGAAAAAAUAUAUUGGGAUAGAUUUUUUCCCAUAUCGCCCAGCCCUACUAGUGGGAUAUAGAUGCAUCAAAAGCUGCUAGCUUAAAAUACCCAAACCUGCAGCAUUGUGGGUAAUGUUGCUAACAGCCUUUUAACAUGGUAGAAUAAAAUUCAUACUAAACAACAGACAAUGUCUUUGGUUAUGCUGCACUGAUGUUUGUUACAACAUGUAUACUGCAGAUCCUCUAGGUGCCGGUUGGAUCUGCAAGAGGCCUUAUGGGUGUUAGGUUGCGGCAGUCUCUAGAAACCCUGUCCCAUGAUGUCUUGCUUCAAAUAGCCACACAUUUGGGAGUUGCUUAGUCCCCUCUGCCAUUAGACUGAAGUAAUAGUGAACCACAUACAUUAGAGCAUUGGUAGUUGUCAUUGUUUAGUCAGGGGCAUUCACCAACCUUCCCAUUUGUGUCAUUUUUGUUUUUAUCAUUGUGUGCUUAUACUUACACCUGUAUUUUGUCACUCAUCACAAGUGAGCAUGACUUUGUCAAAAGGGCACACCUUUUCUUUGUCUCACAUCCCGUUCCUCAUCUCUCCCUGUUCUCAAUCUGUGGAGCAGUCAGGCAGACCCAGAGGGAGAGAAGAAAGAGGAGGCUGACCCAGCAAACCAGGCCGAGGUACAGCACUCUAAAAUAUUCCUUCUGUUUCCUAUCUUUAUAUCCUAACUCUGUUUCCUUUUAAUUAAUUUACUGUCCUCCUGAAUUGUGUGCCAGACAGCAGAAGAAAAGGAGGAAAAGGAUGAAGACGGGAUGUGGGAGGAAACAUUUAAAUCACACUCUGAUAGCAAACCCAAUGGUAAGUCUUACUCAUACAGUAUAUCAAGUUCUUAUUAAUUUGACUAUAAUUACAGCUCUGGGUUUAGAGGAGUUUUGCUUCAGUUGGAUUCCAAAUAUACACUACCGUUCAAAAGUUUGGGGUCACCCAAACAAUUUUGUGUUUUCCAUGAAAAGUCACACUUAUUCACCACCAUAUGUUGUGAAAUGAAUAGAAAAUAGAGUCAAGACAUUGACAAGGUUAGAAAUAAUGAUUUGGAUUUGAAAUAAAAAAUUUUUUACAUCAAACUUUGCUUUCGUCAAAGAAUCCUCCAUUUGCAGCAAUUACAGCAUUGCAGACCUUUGGCAUUCUAGCUGUUAAUUUGUUGAGGCAAUCUGGAGAAAUUGCACCCCACGCUUCCAGAAGCAGCUCCCACAAGUUGGAUUGGUUGGAUGGGCACUUCUUGCGUACCAUACGGUCAAGCUGCUCCCACAACAGCUCAAUGGGGUUCAGAUCUGGUGACUGCGCUGGCCACUCCAUUACCGAUAGAAUACCAGCUGCCUGCUUCAGCUCUAAAUAGUUCUUGCACAAUUUGGAGGUGUGUUUAGGGUCAUUGUCCUGUUGUAGGAUGAAAUUGGCUCCAAUCAAGCGCUGUCCACUGGGUAUGGCAUGGCGUUGCAAAAUGGAGUGAUAGCCUUCCUUAUUCAGAAUCCCUUUUACCCUGUACAAAUCUCCCACCUUACCAGCACCAAAGCAACCCCAGACCAUCACAUUACCUCCACCAUGCUUAACAGAUGGCGUCAGGCAUUCUUUCAGCAUCUUUUCAUUUGUUCUGCGUCUCACAAACGUUCUUCUUUGUGAUCCAAACACCUCAAACUUGGAUUCAUCCGUCCACAACACUUUUUUCCAGUCUUCAUCUGUCCAAUGUCUGUGUUCUUUUGCCCAUCUUAAUCUUUUUCUUUUAUUGGCCAGUCUCAGAUAUGGCUUUUUCUUUGCCACUCUGCCCUGAAGCCCAGAAUCCCGCAGCCGCCUCUUCACUGUAGAUGUUGACACUGGUGUUUUGCGGGUACUAUUUAAUGAAGAUGCCAGUUGGGGACCUGUGAGACGUCUGUUUCUCAAACUAGAGACUCUAAUGUACUUAUCUUCUUGCUCAGUUGUGCAACGCGGCCUCCCACUUUUUUUUCUACUCUGGUUAGAGCCUGUUUGUGCUGUCCUCUGAAGGGAGUAGUACACACCGUUGUAGGAAAUCUUCAAUUUCUUAGCAAUUUCUCGCAUGGAAUAGCCUUCAUUUCUAAGAACAAGAAUAGACUGUCGAGUUUCAGAUGAAUGUUUUUUUUUCUGGCCAUUUUGAGCAUUUAAUUGACCCCACAAAUGUGAUGCUCCAGAAACUCAAUCUGCUCAAAGGAAGGUCAGUUUAGUAGCUUCUGUAACGAGCUAAACUGUUUUCAGAUGUGUGAACAUGAUUGCACAAGGGUUUUCUAAUCAUCAAUUAGCCUUCUGAGCCAAUGAGCAAACACAUUGUACCAUUAGAACACUGGAGUGAUAGUUGCUUCAAAUGGGCCUCUAUACACCCAUGUAGAUAUUGCACCAAAAACCAGACAUUUGCAGCUAGAAUAGUCAUUUACCACAUUAGCAAUGUAUAGAGUGUAUUUCUUUAAAGUUAAGACUAGUUUAAAGUUAUCUUCAUUGAAAAGUACAGUGCUUUUCCUUCAAAAAUAAGGACAUUUCAAUGUGACCCCAAACUUUUGAACGGUAGUGUAGAUCUCACUUUCUAUUAUCAAUGCAGCUAAUGUUUGGUUAUUUCAGGAAUCAUCUGCUCUAUUCCUCAGUCUCAUUUCCUCAAACUAAUCGCUGGUGUUUGUCGCCUCACAGGUCCAUCUGCUAUUAGUUUAGACUUUUCAUGGCCAGGUGUGGAGCAUGUUUACGGCAUUCCCGAACACGCAGACACUCUCAGACUCAAAACAACCGAGUGAGUAUUGAUGAAAAGAUGAUUGAUAUUUCUUUACACUUUUCCUUAAACCUGUUAUGUUGGAUUAAUUUGAGCUUUUCUGUUUCAGCAAUGGAGAUCCUUAUCGACUUUACAACCUGGAUGUGUUCCAGUACGAGCUGGCUAACCCUAUGGCUCUUUAUGGCGCUGUCCCAGUCAUGUUGGCUCAUAAUGCACAGCGGACCACAGGGAUCUUCUGGUUAAAUGCUGCUGAAACCUGGGUGGAUAUCAGCUCCAACACAGCUGGAAAGGUAGAUCUCUCAUCAGUCUUUGUGUUGUUGGGCCCUGAUGUUAAUCGAACAGCUUCACAAACCCUCUUUUGUCGUUCUCCAGACUGUGUUUGGGAAAAUGCUGGAUUAUGUGCAGGGCUCCAGUGAGACCCCGCAGACUGAUGUGCGCUGGAUCUCUGAAAGUGGUAUCAUUGAUGUCUUUAUUAUGCUCGGACCGACACCCAAAGAUGUCUUCUCCCAGUAUGCCUCCUUAACAGGUAGGGAGAUAGAUGAUGGGUUCAUAUCUUUCUCUUAUUCCUUCAGAGUUCAGAGACUUUCUAGUUGUUGUUUUUGUUUUGAAGAAAAAUCUCUUUUGUCACCAUUCUUUACAAAGACCUUCGUAGCAUGGUUCAGUUAUCAGUUUUAAGUAACACAAGUUUCACCCAAUCACCACCCAGGCUAGAGUCAAGAUAAUGGUAUUAAGUCAUUCUCUUCGUGUUGCCCACAGGUACUCAGUCCUUUCCUCCCCUGGCUGCUCUCGGCUACCAUCAGUGCCGGUGGAACUACAAUGACCAGGAAGAUGUGCAGACAGUGGAUGCUGGCUUUGACGAGCAUGACAUCCCCUACGACUUUAUCUGGCUUGACAUUGAGCACACAGAUGGCAAGCGCUACUUUACCUGGGAUCCACACAAGUUUGCAACACCAAAGGAGAUGCUGCAGGGUCUCGUGGACAAGAAACGCAAGGUAAAGAUGAGGAGUUACGCAAGGAACCGCCAUCUUUAUGGGCUUUUCCACUGUUGAAUUUUUCACUGUUUAUUUUACCACCUUUCACCUCCCUUUACCUGUUUUCUCGGCGAGUUAGUUAUGUGUUUUGUACAAUUGUCUUUUACUCUCAUAGAUGGUGGCUAUUGUGGACCCUCACAUUAAAGUAGACAGCAACUACAAGAUCCACAAUGAAAUCCGCUCCCGGGGUUACUAUAUCAAGAACAAAGAUGGUGGAGACUAUGAGGGCUGGUGCUGGCCUGGUAAGAAACUAAACACAUGGACACAGACUUGAUGGACUUUUUUUUUACGUUGUUCUUGAGUAAGACUUUUCAAAUCUCCAAUUCCUCUUUCUCCUUAAACUUGGUGACGUCUUUUAGGUAGUGCCGGCUAUCCAGACUUCACCCGCGCAGACAUGAGAGCCUGGUGGGCGAGCCAGUUUGCUUAUGAUCAGUAUGAGGUGAGUGGUGGUUGCUUCUUAGUGAAAGAAUACAAAAAAAAUCAUUCCUGUUUUUGCUGCGUACCAGCUUGCUAAAUGAUAACUAUCAGUUGAUUUGAGGGGAGAUGCACAAGGUCGUAUUUGUAACUUUUAGUGUCAUCACACAUUUCCACUUUCUCUGAAGACUAUGACCCUUUAAAGGAGCUCUGUUUCUCAAAAAGGGACAUUAUCCAUUUCCAAAAAGUCCCUGCUGGCCCUGGAGUGAAGGGUAGUUCCUUUUUUAAAGUGCAAAAACAGAAGUUGCUUUUUCACACAUUUUCUUGCUUAUUAGGCAAAUCUCAAAGGCUCUGUUGACCAUUUCGUUAGGACUAAAUGGUCUUUUUUUCAUGUGAACAGAGGUGGAAAUAACUCUGAUUGAAAUGUAUGGCCUCUGGGUGUAUGAAUUGUGCAUAUUAAUUCAGUAUAGAGCUUAUUUUAUAUGGCUAGUGUGGACUUGAGACUCAUAUUCUGUAUCUGUUCACCAUCCAGGGCUCCAUGGAGAACCUUUAUACUUGGAAUGACAUGAAUGAGCCCUCUGUCUUCAACGGGCCAGAGGUCACCAUGCACAAGGAUGCAGUGCAUGGAGCCUGGGAGCACAGAGACGUGCACAACCUUUAUGGUUUCUAUGUGGUGGGUGUGCACAAUCUGUCAGUGGCGUUGAGUGUGUUUGUUUAACUUUCAAGGCCUCAAAUGUCUCUCAGUUAUUAAAUAGAAAGUAUAUAUUUGCACAAAAUCAGAUGAGGUGUAAAGAUAUUCCCAUUCCUCCAACUGUUGUCCUGUGUGCAACUUGCAGCAAAUGGCCACAGCUGAGGGUCUCAUCCAGAGGUCUGGUGGCGUUGAGCGUCCAUUUGUGCUGACCAGAGCCUUCUUUGCUGGGUCCCAGCGCUACGGUGAGUCGACUACAGAUUUAAUUUUCACUUGACUUGCAGCUCCAGCAUACUUAGUUGUUUCUAUAUAACUGUGUUGAUUCCUUGAAACCCUCUACAGCUGCAGUAUAUGCAUUUAUUAUACCCAGUGUAAUUAAUGAGUGUGUUGGUGUCUUAGGUGCUGUCUGGACUGGAGAUAAUGCUGCUGAGUGGGACCAUCUGAAGAUCUCCAUCCCCAUGUGUCUGAGCCUGAGUCUGGUGGGAAUUUCUUUCUGUGGUGGUGAGUGUUCACAAGCUUCAGUCUGCUGAUCCACAGAGAAGUUGUCUCACAGGUCAGCUAGAGUAACAAACCUAAUUUCAAAGUGGCUCUUUUUUGGUUGAAAGUGCUUCUAUUUUCAAAGAUUUUAUCACACCAUGACCGUCCAUUGGAGGUUUAACUCAUAAUGCUAUGAAGGAGUAAAGAUAAAGCUGUACUCUCUGUAGCAAUAUGUCUUAUCAGCUACAAAAGUGAACCAUAUUUAUGAGGUCAGGAGCUCUCUAUAUAUUUGACUGUCAAUCAUUUAACAGAUCUUCUUUCUCAAAGUUUUUUCUGCCCUUUUUAGACCCUUUUUUUUUACCUUUUAAUGAUGCAUCAUAAACCCUGUCAGGACUCUCAUUAACAUCUGAAAUUGAGUGAAAAAUCUGUUUCCUUGAAAUAAAUUGACUUGGAGACUUCCUGGAGGAUUUGUGCUUGUUGUCAUGGAAACAUUCUGAUUAACGCAUGAAGUGUUACCAUGGUGAGCACACAGGUUGCCAGGGCAAUUUUGGUGUGGUUAUGUGUAUCAGUGUGAGGCUCCUCUCCCUGAUCAGAUUUACAUUAUUUCCCCACAAUCUCUGAAAAACAGAAACUCUAUGGAGAUGUCAUGAAGAGCUGCUUUUUUUUCCCACCAUGACAUAAUGUUUAUAACAGACCAUCCAGACCUGACACUAACUCUGAUCUCAUCCGUCUCUUAGCUGACGUUGGAGGUUUCUUCAAGUCUCCCAGCACCGAGCUGUUGGUGCGUUGGUACCAGACGGGAGCUUACCAGCCAUUCUUCAGGGCUCAUGCUCAUCUGGACACACCUCGCCGCGAGCCCUGGCUGUUUGGCCCAGAGAAUACUGCACUAAUCCGCGAGGCUGUGCGUCAGCGUUACACCCUUAUGCCCUACUGGUACCAGCAGUUCUACAACACACACCACACUGGGGAGCCUGUUAUGAGGUGAGGAUGGACAGAGUUUGUCUCUGACGUGAAUUCAGUUCAAUCCAUUAAACACAGGCCUGAAUGUCUCCCUGUUCUGAACUAAAGACAUGAUAAACAUUUAAAAUGGGACUAGAGUACAUAGAGUGACAUACAGGGAAGAGGAUGCAGGCUGGAGUUAAGUCCUGGCUGUCUGCUUAAGGCAUAACCUUCAUGUACUGGGUGCCUGCUUAGACCACUAGGACAACAUGGCCCCAGACUUUUAAUACUAAUCUAUUAUUUUUAAAUAAGAGGUAAUGGCUGAGUCAUUGUCAUAGGAAAAAUAUACACAUGAUGAUCUAACAAGUUUGUGCUUGUUUCAAGAUAAACAGUGUCUUAAUAUGACAUAAUUCCACUUUGCUGCUGUAUACUGUGUUACAGAGAUUCACAUUAUUUCUGAGUAGAAACGUCUGUAAUGUCCAAGUGCACAAAUACUCUCACUGUGGUCUACUUGAAUUCACUGCAGGUUUGUAUGAUGUUUUGAUGCACAUGCACCUUAUUAUUUUGCUUACAUGUUCUUAUUCAUCGCAGACCACUCUGGGUGGAGUAUCCUCAGGAUUCGGCUACUUUUGCUCUUGAAGAUGAGUUCUUGAUCGGUGAGUCUGAAACUUAAAUGUUGAACUUUUCCUUGUGUGAACAGAUUCAUUGAGAUCUGUUUCUGAAUAAUGUUGGUCAUUUCCUUCAAGGAAGGUCAAAGUUGGUGCUUUCUUCUUCUUCAAUGAAAUACAGCUCCCUCAUCUAAAUACGAGCACUUCCAUUAUUAAACUUUCCCAUGGUUGUUACGUCAAUAUGAAAUAUGUUUCUCACAGUGUUGGAUGGUAUAAAAACUUAAAAUCAAACGUUACAACAUGACAGACUUGACAAAAAAAAAAAGUCUGAUUUACUGAGAUUGUGCAACUUUUCUGCAGGGAGAGACUUGUUGGUACAUCCAGUUACUGAGGAGGGAGCGAGGGGAGUCACUGCAUACCUGCCUGGCAAAGAUGAGGUAAGAGGACGCUGCACAGAGCCUUGAACACACCUUAUAAAUUCAGUCGAAAAAGGGGCUUUAACUGGACAUUAGGACAUGUAUACAGAGUUAGGUGUCCUCUGACCUAAAGAGAUCUCUGAACCUUUUGUGUGUUCCUCAGGUUUGGUUUGAUGUCCACACCUUCCAGAAGCACAAUGGGGCCCAGAACCUUUACAUCCCCGUCACCAUGAGCUCCGUAAGAUACACAUGCUAAUUCAGCCCUAAGCAGUUUUUAUAUGUCUUUUUCUCUCACUGGAUCUAAUACGGAGCUUCUUGGAUUCUGUACAGAUCCCGGUGUUCCAGCGAGGUGGUUCCAUUAUUCCCAGGAAGCUCCGAGUUCGCCGGUCCUCCACCUGCAUGGAACAUGAUCCCUACACCUUACAUGUGGCUCUUAACCCGCAGGUAACUUCAGUGUUAAAAAUCUCUGAUGACAGCUGCUAGACAGUCAUGUCAUCCACUGCAAAGCAGACAGGCUUGUAUUUGUCCUCGAUGCAAAUCCUAGUACUAAUUGCUUUGACCUUUUGUCUGGCAGAGAACUGCAGUGGGCGAGCUCUACAUCGAUGAUGGCCACACCUUCAACUAUGAGAAGAAGGAGUUCAUCCACAGAAGGCUUUCUUUUGCCAACAACAUCCUCUCUUCUGUGUGAGUGAUGAAUUUCAUGUGUAUUUAAAUGCAGAGGACCUGCUUGUUUAGGCUAAAUAUCUGCCUCCAGGUAUAUUUCUUGUCAGAGAGAUAUAAUCAUAAAGAGAUCACAAAGCACCAUCAUGUAUUAAUCCAUGUUUUACUCGGUUCACAGUAACCUGGCUCCAGAUGCUCAGUUUUCCACCCGCUCCUGGAUUGAACGGAUCGUCAUACUGGGAGCCAGCAAGCCCAGCAAAGUCACCUUGAAUACUGCUGGUGAGUCAUUGAACAGCAAUUCUUUCACACGUUCAUUGUGACAGACUGAUUUUUAAAAAAAGAAAAAAAGGUAGAGUCUGAAUGUUAAAAUGGCCUCUAGCUAGUUCACACUAGGCAGCUCAGCAGGUUUUGUACCAUUUUGUUUCAAGACAUUAUGAUCAAUAAGAGUGGCCCUUUAGCUGAAUGCAGGCAAACAUGAUUGUAAAGUUGCCUGUUCGUUUGUACAUCUGCUGCCAAAAACCAAACUUCCUAAAAGUCUAGAAACUCACAGUAAAGCUUUUCAAAUCUUUUCACUGGUUUCCUGCUUUAAUACUUAAGUUACAAUACAAAUUUGGCACCAGAGAAAAUCUUGGUGCAGCUUGGAAACAGCAGACUUUGUAGAGAAUCAGGGGGAUAAACAACAGUAAUGUGAAACAGGUUUUGUUUUUCUCAAUCUCUGACACUGUCUCUCUUUCUGUUUUGCAGAUGGCAAGGAGAGCCAGGUGGAGUUUGAGUUUGACGCCUCCAUGUCUGUGUUGACCCUUCGGAAGCCCGGUAUGAACGCAGGAGAGGACUGGAGAGUGACCCUUCAGUAACGAUGGAGACAGAGGAUGAGAAGGAGGAGGAGAAAAUGACUGAACUGGGCUGAACGGGAGAGAAUGGAGAUGUGGCGCCGAAACUGACAACUAACUAAAAGCAAGACAGCAGAAUAGCGAACAUGGAAAAUAAAGAACAUGAGCACACAAACACACAGACACACACACACAAACACACACACACUGGUAGAGUUUCAAACCAUUCACAAACCAUGUAGACCCAUAGUAGAACUGAGCCAUGUAAUGCCUCUGCCAUUUCCCUUUUGUGUUCAGUCACACUGUGAUACUUCAGAGGAAAGGUUACUGCUAGAAAAUAUGUUUGUCCCAUUUUAAAAGACAACUAAGCAACUCAAAUCAUGUCAUAGUAAUGAAUCUUUGGGCUUUUGAAAGAAAACAUUAGGGCACUUGUUUUUGUUCCUUUUUUUUUUUGUUAAUUGUUUACUUUGUCGUCUGCUGCAAAGACACUGUCCGAGGCUUGUUGCUGCUUAAAAUGAAGGUUCACAUUCAAAGCACCUGCUCCACCUGCUGGUGAUUCCCCGUGCCUGAUUCUGACUCGUCCAUCUUCAAAAAUAUUCAUUCCAUUACCUUUCAAAGCCAAGCACUUCAAUCAUGUUGACCUCAUCCCUCUUUUUCUCAUGCCACAUUUCACAUAUUUAAAGGUGGGGGGGUUGCCAACAAUCAGCUGUGUGGCUCUAAAAAGCGAUUACUUGAAUCACCCUGAAGCCAGAAAUGAUCAUUCAUUCUCAUGCCAUUCCUUUCCACUUUAUUCUUCUUUAGCUUUUCUUUGAAUUUCUAAAUAAAUUGUGAGCAAGGAGAGGAGUCAUCAUUGCUUCACUGUGGAAGUGAUGAAGGUGUUGAACUGCUUCACAGAGGGAGGAUUUUCGGCUGUUUGAACUAAGUUGGCAGUGGGAAUCACAUCAGGGGGCGAACCACUGAUGUUUGUGGAUCAUCCUGUUGACGUGUGUUCUUUGUUUUAUCGAGUUCUUUUCCCAACAUAGUUUACUAGGUUAUUUUUAAUGCACUUGAGGAAGAUAGAGGAUUUAAAAGUUGUUUAGAUUUUCAUGUGUUAGUAGAUGUAUAAACAGAGCAGGAUUUCCAGUUUUUCAUUUGAUCUUACAGAGGAGGCUACAUCUACCCCUUGAGAAGUGCUUCAUGAUUAAACAUAAUUUCAGGUUUUAAAUGAAUGCCCACUGAACAACCACAAAUGUUGAAAUGAUUCUCCGGAGACUCUGCAUUGUGUCCUGUCCAGUCAAAUAAUCGGACCUUUUAGGGGUUCUGUUUUUCUAUGAGUUUGUCUCCUUGAUUGUUUUUAUGAUCAUUAAUGUACAUGUUGCUGCAGUUUUGUUGAUGAUGGCUUAAUGGAGGAAACGGAAGUGAAGGAACAAACUUGGGUGGUGAAUCAUAGUUGUCAGAUGUACUCAAAAAGAUGAGACCAAGUGAAAAUAAAGUUGACCAAAUUAAAA